AUGUCCGGAGCCUACAGCCAGGUUGAUGCCAGCGGCAGCUACCUCGCCAACGUAAUCCUGAAAAACGGCAGAAAUGAGGUCCAGACCUAUCCCAUUUCCCACCGUGAAGGUGCCCUAGUGGACGAAUCAAUGAUCAAAAGACAUGAACUUGAGCCAGAACAGAUUGUAUCUUGUGUGGCGUGGUUUAAUGACGUUGCAGCCCUUGUCACUCCUAAGAAGAGCAAAAAGAGAACGGCCGACGACUCGGCUCCUCGCAACGGCGAAGGAAACGGCGCUUUGGCGACCCAUAGUCUUUUAGCUGUGGCUUUGGAGACGGGCGAAACCUUGGUGUUUUCGCCGCUCACAGAUGCGCCAGUGGCCCAGAUUGCCACGGGAAAACUUGUGUCUUUGACACGGGCCCGCGGCGAAAACCGCUUCUGGGGUCUCUCCGAAGACGCUUCCUUGUUACAAAUUCACACACUGGAAGGUGUUGAAAAGACAGUCAAAUUUGCAAAAACAGAUGCCGACGUGGCGCUUGUGAACCAGAUACUGUACCGGCCAAAAAAGAGCUCCUCGUCUGCCGAGCUCAUGCUUCUAGCAUCAACCAACUUAUAUAUGGUGGAUGGAUCUAAGAGCCGCAAGAAUGUCUUGGCCGAGUUUGAAGCCAAGAAGGAUGCGGGAUCCGUUGCAUUCAUUCUCCCCUUGGACUCUUUUGUCGCGGUGGCCCGCGAUUUGUCCAGCACGCUUUCCAUCUACGAUCUUUCCGAGCCUUCUGCUCUGCCGCGGAUCUUACAUUGCAAGGGCUCUAACAUUACUCGGUUGGCCUCUUUGUCCCCCGAUCUUCUUAUGGCGUUCACCGAGCACGGAGCUGAAGUCUUUUCGUUGGCCGGUCUGCAACGUACUGAGCCCUCUGCAUUUAUCAAGACAGACCACGACGAAACGCAAUUUGAAAACGUCAUUUCAACAUCUGCAAACGGCGUUGUGGGUGUCUGGUACGACGGAAACCAGCCACAGUUUGCUAAAGUCAGCGAAACCACCAGCUUGGAAGGCGAGUGCACCGUUCCUAUUUCUCACCCAAGUGAAAAUGCCACACAAGAAAAUGACAACUCAGAGGUCCCAUUUGCAGUUGAAGAAACGGAAAUCGCCAACGUGGGAUCGGAAGAGUUGUUCUCCCAAUUAUCACGCUUGUUGACUAGCGAGAAAGUACCCAAAAAGGAAGUACUUCGAUUAUGUUCCAGCAACGACAAUGAAGACAGUAUCAAAGACACCAUCCGCCUCUUCUCACAAUCGGAAAAGUGCUGCGACUUGGUGGAGAAUCUUUUCGAAAUUGUCAGCAAGAAAGUUGCCAGUGACCCCAGCAGAAAAUCGUCCUUGUCCAUUUGGCUCAAGUGGGUUUUAUUGGCCCAUGGAGGCUACAUCUCCAAACAGGAGAAACUCGAAACAAGUUUGGCUCUGUUGCAGACCAGUCUAGAUGACGGAAUGAAAUUGAUGCCCAAGCUCUUGGCUCUUCAAGGAAGAUUGCAAUUGUUGAAGUCGCAAGCAGAACUUCGAAACAAAAUCAGCACACAGACGCAAGAAGAAGAGAGCGAACCCGAAGACGAGUACGAAACUUUCAACGAGACAUUCAACAACACCACCAACAUCGAAGAGUCUGUUGUAUACGCCAAUGGUGAAAACGACGACGAUUUUGACAGCAUAGAACAGAAGGACGAAAACGGCCCUGUGCCAGAGGAGGCUUAG